UGUCCCCACACCUGUGUCCCUUCCCGUGGCAGGGGGUGUCUGCUGGCCGUGGGUGCCACCACACCUGUGUCCCUUCCCCUGUCACACACCUGUGUCCCCUCCCAGGUGGGCCCCGCCCCGUGGCCUUGCUUUGGUCUAUAAGUGCCCGGUGAAGUCCCCGGCCCAGCCCGGGAGGUGACGGGAGGUGACGGCGAUGGCGUCGGCGCUGCUGGUGACGCUGGUGGCCGCGGUGGCCGUGCUGGCCGCGGGGGUGGAGGCGCAGUGCCCCAAACCCGCUGAGCUGCGGCCCGUCAACGGCACGCGGGUGUGCGCCCAGCUCUACGCCGACAACAGCCCCUACUACGACCAGUGCUGCGCCGGGGACGUGCUGCUGGUGCCACCCGACAGCGACGCGCCCUACAUGCCCCGAGGCUGGUCCGCCCGCGCCUCCUCCCUCGUGGUGGGCACCAGGUGCGAGCUCACCGUGUGGUCGCGCCGCGGCAAGAAGGGCGACAAGCACAAGUUCGGUGCCGGCGCGGUGCCGCGGCUGCAGGAGGUGCGCCGGGGGCUCUUUGGGGACUGGAACGACGCCAUCCGGGGCUACUACUGCACCUGCAAGUGAGCGGCGGCGCCGGGG